AUGUCACAAUUUCCGAAAUCCUCGAAAUGGUCGGUAGGCUCUUUUCUACAGCAGGCAGUUGCCGGAGUCGAAUCGCGAUUGGAUACCAUACUAGCCGAAAAUGACGAAGAGACGCCUCCAAGAAACGAGGAUAACACGGGGAGUCCAGCUGAGCAGCCCGCUCCCGGGAUUGGAAAGUCAUCCGCAAAACCCACCCCGGUUGGUAUUUCGAGAAGCUCUUCUUCGUCCCGAACGAAUGACCGCCUGCAAGAAAGGCUGGCCCGUGCUAUGGUAAAACAAGGGGGCUCAUCUACAAAUGUAGCCGGCACUUCCUCGCCCACUGGCAUAAUAUCCCGAACCCCAAGCCCUCUUCCUGUGACAGAGAGCCGCACGAGUGUGGAUAGUACAGCAGGGAAGUCUGAUAUCUCUAUGAAAACCGAUGCACCAUCGGAUUCAGUAACCUUUACCCCUAGCACGCCUGCACAACGAACGUCACAGGAGAUACUUGAACGGCUAAGGGAAACAGCUGGGUCAGAGUCAAGGCAAUCCACGAGCUCAGACGCAACAACAUUGUCAAACCCAAUUACAGAUGAAUUUCAUAAUGGUCCUAUCCCCGCGAUCGGUGUCGUCGCCCCGCCCAGAGAUGAAGGUAAUGAGACCGUUGACACGGCCGUGUCACAAUUACAAGCCGAACAUAGUGCUGCUGAAGCACAAUGGCAGCAAGAAAUGCAUACUUAUAUCGAGAAAAUUGAUGCUUUGCAGGCCAAGUUAAAGUAUUUAGCAAAAGAAGCAGCAGAGUCGGCCAAGAAUGCGGCUGCAUCUGCGGCCCCUGGAAGCAUAGAAAAAAAGCUAUCCGAGAAAGAUGAGCGUAUCGCCGCUUUGAUGGAAGAAGGUCAAAAAUUGUCCAAGACAGAGUUAGAGCACCGCGCGACUAUCAAGAAACUUCGGCAAUAUAUUUCAGAAAGUACGAAAUCACAGGCAGAUACCAAAAGGCGCAUGGAGAAAAUGGAAAAGGACCUUUCAAAUGCAGAGAACAAAGCCCAGCUAUUCGAACAAGCAGAAAAACGCGCAUUGUCCAAGUUGAAUUCUCAGUCGAAAGCUGAGAAAGAUCUGGAAUCUGCAAACGCAGAACGAAGUGUUCUCAAUGCAAAAAUAGCAAAUUUAAAUCUUCAGCUAAGCAAAGCAGUUGCCAGAGCCGAGACUGCUGAACGAAAGAUAAAAUCAGAGUCGUCAGAAGCCGAAAGUCGCCGAGUGGCUGAACUUAAGGACGACCUUUCCAGUGCAAAGAUCGAGCGUGAAAUAAGCGAGGAAAAGUUGCGAAGGGAGAUUCGAGAUUUGAAGGAAAGUCUAGAAAGGGAAAAAGAGCGUGGGCGAGUGCAAGAAAUGGAACUUCGGGGAGAAAUAUCUGUCAUUGAAGGCAAAAUGGAAACGCUUCGGGCUAGAGCUGAGGAAGCAUCCUCAAACGCUACAGGAGAUGCGCAAGCGAAGCUCCUAAGGCAAAUUGAGCGACUGCAAACACAAUACGCGGUUGCACGAGAAAAUUGGAAUGGCAUCGAAAGUUCGCUGAUGUCUCGAUUGGCCAACGUCGAAAAAGAACGGGAUGAGAUUGCACGCAAGGAAGGCGACUUGCGACGAAAGGUCCGGGAAGCAAACUUGAAAUCGAAGCGCAUUGAGGGCGAAGCUGAGAACUCUCGUGAAAUUGUUCGAGAGAUGGAAAGAGAUUUGGAAGAAACGAGGCAAGAACUAAAUAAAUUAGCACAGAAACUUGCAAAAGCGGAAAACGAUCUUCUCGAAGCGAAACAAGAAUUUAUCACCCAGAAAGAGCUCCAGGAAGCCACCUGGGCUCAAAGGCUCGAGGAAGAAAAGUCGAAAUGGCACGAGCAGUUACAGGUGUCGCCUUCAUACCUUCACCCACACAGCGAGUCGCCAAUCGCCUUGUCCCGGAGAUCCGAUACUCUUGGAACCUUCCCCGACAGGCCUUCAAGCCGUCGAUCUCCAGUCUUAACCCUUUUCCCACAUGGGCAGAACACGCCACCUCGACAAAACUCAUAUUCUUCACUGAAUUCGAAUACUGGCCUUCGACACGGGUCCCACGAUACUUCGUCGACCUCCUUGGAGAUAUCUUCAACACAAGUGCUCGAGCCGGAAGAGUACUUUGCUGGACCGAUGAGCCCUCCAACUCCAUCAGCCCCGGGAACUCACCAUUCUAGGGGAAUCAACGAUAUCGUCUCCGUUUCCACCGUUGCUGCCGGUCCCUCGGUACAGCUUGUUGAAAGAAUGAGUGCUACAGUCCGUCGACUGGAAAGUGAACGAGCCGCGUCCAGAGAUGAGUUGGUUUGUAUCACUUCCCAAAGGGACGAAGCGCGGCAAGAAGUUGUCGAGUUGAUGAAAGAAGUAGAGGAUAAAAGAGCGUGCGAUAAGCGAAUACAAGAAUUGGAAGCAGCCGUUCAGAGUUUGGACGAGAGAUACCAAACCACGCUAGAGAUGCUUGGUGAAAAAAGCGAACUGGUCGAGGAACAGAAGGCAGAUAUUGAAGAUUUAAAGAAAAUCUAUCGGGAGCUUGUGGAGAGUACAAUGAAGUGA